AUUCAAUAUAAAAACUAAACAGUGUCAAUUAAAUAGUCAAUUAAUAACCUUUGCAAGAGUUUACGCAUAAUCCAUUGUAUUUACAGAUAAAAUGUUAAUCAUUCACAUUCUAUCAUAUCUAAUAAUAUUGGAUUUAAUUUUACAGAUUGAUUCAACCAGAGAAAAGAUAACUUCUGAAAAAUGGAACAAUCUAUUCAAUACAGAAUUAUUUAUAGAUAAAACAAUAAAAUUACACAUACAAAAGGAAUGUAUAGAUUUACUAGCAAAUGUUUCUAUAAAUAAGAAAUCUGAAAUUUCCUGCGAGUCAUUUGCAAAUUUAAUAAUCGAUCUUUUAUUCCAAGAAGAUAAUGGUAAAUUCCCAGAUAAAAUAAAUCUCGAUGUCUGUACUGGAUGUAAGAUGACAGUGAUUGCAGUAAAAUUCAUAUUACAACUUUCACAAGUUAUUUACUAUAUUAAUAAAUUUAUUGAUCGAUUGUGUAUAUUCACUGGACCAUAUUUAUCUGAAUGUUCGUUUGUUGCUCAAAAUUAUGCUGGUAUAUUAAUAAAUUUAUUUGAAAAUUCAACUGUUCCCAUGAUCUGUCAGAGAUUAAUGAUAUGUUAAAGAAUACUUGAAAAGUUGAAAUAUUGAGAAGGUGAAGAAGAACUCUAUUUUACUUCAAUGUAUUUUUAUCAAUAAAUAAACUAUUGUGAAAGUA